AUGGUCAUGGACGAUCCCUCGCUGCGCGCGCUGACCGAGGCAACGGCCGGUGCAGUGGGUGGCCUGCUGAGCACCACUAUCCUAUACCCGCUUGACACGUGUAAAACGAGAUUUCAAGCGGAGGCGGCUUCAGAUGGACGAAAACGAUAUAACAACAUCGCGGACGUGCUGCGCGAGGCAGUGGCGAGCGGGGACAUAUCGUCUCUAUACGCGGGGCUGGCGACGAAGAACAUGCAGUCGGUGCUCACGGGCUUCGUCUACUUCUACGCCUACUCCUUCUUCAAGACGCGCUACCUCGCCUCCGCGCACCAGAAGAACCUCGGCCUGCUCGCCAAUCUCACCGUCGCCGCCUCCGCCGGCGCGUGCACCGCCGUCGUGACGCAGCCGUGGGACACACUAUCGGCGCGCAUGCAGACGAGUCGGCCGGGCGAGGGCAAGGGGUUCGUGCAGAUGCUGCGCGAGGGCGGGCUCGCGCACGCAUUUGACGGGCUCGGCGUGUCGCUGCUGCUCGUCUCCAACCCCGCCAUCCAGUACACCAUGUUCGAGCAGAUCAAGACGCGCUGGCUGCGCCGAAACGCCACGCUCGCAGCGACAGCGGACACCUGUGGUCCGCCGCCAGUCCUGUCAGCAGCAGCAGCGUUCAUCAUCGGCGCGCUCUCCAAGACCAUCGCCACCAUCGCCACAUACCCUGCCAUCAGGUGCAAGGUGAUGAUGCAGCGGGCAGAGACGGAGGAGGAGAAGCAGCGCCGGGCAGCAGGAGACCUCACGGCUGGCCCUCCAAAGUCCAUGGCCCUGGCGAUGCGAGUCAUAUGGCAGACGGAGGGACUGCCGGGGUUCUUCAAGGGCAUACAGGCGCAGAUUCUCAAGACAGUGCUGUCGUCCGCGCUCAUGCUCAUGAUCAAGGAGCAGGUCUCCUUCACCUCGCGCUCCCUCGUCCUCGCCAUCCACCGCUCCCUCUCCUCCCUCUCCUCCUCCUCUUCCUCCUCCGCCUCUGCAGCAGCACGCAGGUCUGCUGCUGCCGCUGCUGCUGCGCUUCCAGCGCCUGUGAAGGCAGUUCCUGUUCAGGUUGCGGUGACCCGUACACCCCCUGCUGCUGCUGCCGCUGCUGGUCCCGCUUUACAUCAUAGUCUCCCUGUGGCGUCUGCUCCUGCUCCUAUGGCCGCUGUGGCAGCAGCUGCAGCAGCAGCAACGGCAGGGUCGACCAGAAGCUCUGCUCACUCUCACGUGCCUGCAGUUAGGCCGUCUGCCCCUGCUGCUCACUUCACUACCAGCCACUCACCGGGCAUUGUGUUUGCUCCCUCGGUGCUGCCACCCCCCACAUCCACGCUACACUUGCAUGCGGCAGGGUCACCGAUGCAAAGGCCUGGGGGAAGCAGAGCAGGGGGUGCAUUUGACCGGUCAUCAGUUGGAGAUAACCUUGUUUCCGUUUCACAUCCUACAUUCACUCCUUUCCCCACUCCCCUUCCUCUCAACGCCUCACUUCUUCGCUCUCGCUCCUCCCCACAUCUCCCUCAUCUUACCCUCCCCCCUUUCUCCCCUCCCUCGUUUUUCCCCCAUUUCUCCAAAUCCCCCCUAAACUGCUCAUCAGAGACCCACGAGUUCGCGCGAGCAGCAGUGGCGGCGUAUGCAGUGGGGUGCACGGAGGAGGGGCUACGGCGGGAGCUCACUGCACUGCUCUCCGUACAACCCCCCGAUCCUCCCUCAACAGCAGCAGCAACCGAAGGAGCAGCAGUAUCUGAAACAGCAACAGAAACGGGAGCAGCAGCAUCCGUAAUGGACACAGAAGCAAGCGCUGCAGAGGAAAAGGACUUGUCAUUGUCGUCCUUGUCAUUUCCCUCGUCUGUGCCAUCCGCAGCAGAUGUUUCCGCAGAAUCACGGCAUGAGGUGCAGGAGUGUGUGCUGUGGGUGGCGAUAGUGUUUGUCACGAUAGCGGUGCUACCGCAGCCUGUGGUGACGCGGUGGGCCAUGUCCAAGGCAGCGUCACCCGAUUCGCACGUGCAGUGGAAGGGCUUCUGCUCGCUCAUUGCCAACGCUUACUACACACAGGGCAUGGCCUGGUACUCGGUGGGGCGGCUGCAGAUGGAGCAGAUGGCGGUGGCGGGGGUGGCGGAGCCAGCAGCGGUGGUGGCGGACAGAAUGCGCCUCGUCUUCACCACUCUCGAGGUCGUCGACCCCCGAUGGGGGGGCCUGCAAGACUUCCCCACGCUCUGA